GGAAGGAAGACAGACAGUUGGGCUUGUUGGGGCAGUGCAAGUCAGAUAGAGGAGUUUCAAUUUGAACUUAUUGCUGACUGAAGCCAUGGGACUUCUACUAAGUGUGGUGCUGCUAUGGCUGCUUUUUAUUGGAGAACUUCAGGCACGCUAUAAAUCUUCCGAUCCUGGCUUUGAGCCCGACAUAAGCUACAAGCCCCAGGGCCUCAUCAAACGGCCCACAGCACAGGUCCCCAGCUACCUGUCCAGGCCUCGACCGGAGCCCCAACAACCUCGCCACCAGCCCAAACCUCAGCCCGGUCCCCAGCAGCCUGGCUACCAGGCCCAGCCCAAACCUCAGCCCGGUCCCCAGCAGCCUGGCUACCAGGCCCAGCCCAAACCUCAGCCUGGACCCCAGCAGCCUCACUACCAGGCCCAGCCCAAACCUCAGCCCGGUCCCCAGCAGCCUCACUACCAGGCCCAGCCCAAACCUCAGCCCGGUCCCCAGCAGCCUCACUACCAGGCCCAGCCCAAACCUCAGCCCGGUCCCCAGCAGCCUCACUACCAGGCCCAGCCUAAACCGCAGCCUCGGUACCAGGCCCAGCCCAAAUCUCAACCCGGUCCCCAGCAGCCUCGCUACCAGGCCCAGCCCACACCUCAGCCCGGUCCCCAGCAGCCUCGCUACCAGGCCCAGCCCAAACCUCAGCCCGGUCGCCAGCAGCCUGGAUACCAGGCCCAGCCUAAACCUCAACCCGGUCCCCAGCAGCCUGGCUACCAGGCACAGCCUAAACCUCAGCCCGGUCCCCAGCAGCCCGGCUACCAGCCUAAACCUCAGCCCGGCUACCAGCCUAAACCUCAGCCCGGUCCCCAGCUGCUUCGCUACCAGCCUAAACCUCAGCCCAGUCCCCAGCUGCCUCGCUACCAGCCUAAACCUCAGCCCGUUCCCCAGCUGCCUCGCUACCAGGCACAGCCUAAACCUCAGCCCGGUCCCCAGCAGCCUGGCUACCAGCCUAAACCUCAGCCCGUUCCCCAGCUGCCUCGCUACCAGGCACAGCCUAAACCUCAGCCCGUUCCCCAGCUGCCUCGCUACCAGGCACAGCCUAAACCUCAGCCCGGUCCCCAGCAGCCCGGCUACCAGCCUAAACCUCAGCCCGGCUACCAGCCUAAACCUCAGCCCGGCUACCAGCCUAAACCUCAGCCCGGCUACCAGCCUAAACCUCAGCCUGGCUACCAGCCUAAACCUCAGCCCGGUCCCCAGCAGCCUGGCUACCAGCCUAAACCUCAGCCCGGUCCCCAGCAGCCUGGCUACCAGCCUCAACCUCAGCCCGGUCCCCAGCAGCCUGGCUACCAGCCUCAACCUCAGCCCGGUCCCCAGCAGCCUGGCUACCAGCCUCAACCUCAGCCCGGUCCCCAGCAGCCUGGCUACCAGCCUCAACCUCAGCCCGGUCCCCAGCAGCCUGGCUACCAGCCUCAACCUCAGCCCGGUCCCCAGCAGCCCGGCUACCAGCCUAAACCUCAGCCCGGCUACCAGCCUAAACCUCAGCCCGGCUACCAUCAGCCCCGCCAUCAGCCCCGCCAUCAGCCCCGCCAUCAGCCCCGCCAUCAGCCCCGCCAUCAGCCCCGCCUUCAGCCCCGCCAUCAGCCCCAGGUUCUCAACUACCAGCCAAGUGGCUCCCGUCUUCCUGCCAAGACGUGGGCUAGACCUCGCACAGAAUGA